UUUGGAGAAAUUGACAAACCUGGAUGGCUACCCCUGACCAGAAAGUGGUUUCUAGGCCCCAGAGACCUGCCCAGGGAUCGAAGGGGAAUGGGGCCUGCCUGGGUCCCCUGGACAGCCUGGAGUGUAUGGAGACACAAGAGAUGGUGCUGGCAGAGGUAGCCAUGCUGAGGAAGGCACAGGAAUUCUUCCAGACCUGUGAUGCGGAGGGCAAGGGCUUUAUCGCCAGGAGAGAUAUGCAGAGGCUCCAUAAAGAGUUGCCCCUCAGCCUGGAGGACUUGGAGGAUGUGUUCGAUGCCCUGGAUGCUGAUGGCAAUGGCUUCCUGACUCCAGAGGAGUUCACCACUGGGUUUAGUCGUUUCUUCUUCAGCCAGAGCAGGCCAAGUCAGGGAGAUGCAGGUGAACAGGCGGCCCAGCUCCAGGAGGAGAAGGUGUAUCAGUCCAGAGCAGAGGAGGAUCUGGGUGACCUGGAUGAAGAUGAGGAAGCCCAGUUCCAGAUGCUGAUGGACAAACUUGGAGCCCAAAAUGUUUUGGAAGAUGAAAGUGACGUAAAGCAACUCUGGCUGCAGCUGAAGAAGGAUGAGCCUCACUUACUGUCCAACUUCGAGGAUUUCCUGACCAGAAUAUUCUCCCAGCUCCAAGAAGCCCAUGAGGAGAAGAAUGAACUGGAGUGUGCCCUGAAAAAGAAAAUUGCUGCUUAUGAUGAAGAAAUCCAGCAUCUCUAUGAGGAGAUGGAGCAGCAAAUCAAAAGUGAGAAGGAGCGGUUUCUCUUGAAGGACACAGAGCGCUUUCAGGCCCGCCGUCAGGAGCUGGAGCAGAAGCUGCUGUCUAAGGAGCAGGAGCUGGAGCAACUUUCCCAGAAGCAGAAGCGGCUGGAGGGCCAGUGCACAGCCCUGCAUAACGAUAAGCAUGAAACCAAAGCGGAGAAUACCAAGCUGAAACUCACCAACCAGGAGCUGGCCCGGGAGCUGGAGCGCACCUCCCGGGAGCUGCAGGAUGCCCAGCAGCAGCUGGAAAGCCUCCAGCAAGAGGCCUGCAAACUCCACCAGGAGAAGGAGAUGGAAGUGUACCGCGUGACGGAGAGUCUGCAGCGGGAGAAGUCGGGGCUCCUGAAGCAGCUGGAUUUCCUGAGGGAAAGGAACAAGCACCUCCAGGAUGAAAGGGACAUACGUUUUCAGAAAGAUAAGGCAGCCAAAGCAAACACAGCUGCUGCCAAGGCAAGCUGGAAACAGAGAUCUGGCUCUGUGAUAGGCAAAUAUAUGGACGGCAGAGGGAUCCUUAGAAGCCAGUCAGAGGAGGAGGAAGAUGUGUUUGGCAUGCUGAGGAGGAGAAGCUCCCUGGGCCUGAGUGGGUAUCCCCUUACAGAAGAGGAGCCAGGAGCCAGGGAGCCAGGGGCUGAGGGUCCACUCCCCCGGGCACUCCGCAGAAUCAUCUCCAUUGAAGAAGACCCCCUGCCCCAGCUCCUGGAUGGCAGCUUUGAGCGGCCACUGAGCAAAUGCCCAGAAGAGGAGGAGGUCUCCGACCAGGGGGUGGAAGGACAAAGCCAGCAGGCCCAACCUUCUCAGCUAGAACUCAUACCCACAUCUCCCCGAGGGCAGCCUGUUGGGAAAGAAGCUCUGUCUAAGGAGGAAGGCGCCCUCUCCACCCCAGACCGGCUCUUCAAGAUUGUGUUUGUGGGCAACUCUGCCGUAGGGAAGACAUCCUUCCUGAGGAGAUUCUGUGAUGACCGGUUCUCCCCGGGCAUGACAGCCACUGUGGGCAUCGAUUACCGUGUGAAGAUGGUACGUGUGGGUGACUCCCAGGUGGCGCUGCAGCUGUGGGACACGGCUGGGCAGGAGAGGUAUCGUUGUAUCACCCAGCAGUUCUUCAGAAAGGCCGAUGGUGUCAUCGUCAUGUAUGACCUCACAGCCAAACAGUCCUUCCUGUCGGUCCGGCAGUGGCUGAGCAGCGUGGAGGAAGCUGUGGGGGACUGUAUUCCUGUACUUCUGCUGGGCAAUAAAAUUGACAAUGAGAAAGAGCGGGAAGUUCCCCGGGGCCUUGGAGAACAGCUCGCUAAGGAGAACAAUCUGAUCUUCUAUGAAUGCAGUGCCUAUUCUGGUCACAACACCAAAGAGUCCCUGCUCCAUUUGGCCAGGAUCCUCAAGGAGCAAGAAGACACAGUGAGGGAGGACACCAUUCAGGUUGCCCGCCCUGCCAAGAAAAAACCCUGCUGUGGCUGAAAGGCACUCCCCGGCCUCUCCCCCCAGGCCUGGCUCACAGGGCCCACCUGAAUCCUGCACGUGCCUCCUGCACAGGUGCUCCCACCACAGCCAGCCCAGACCUUUGUCCUUGACAGGGACUUGCCUUCCCCAAAGAAAGGGGAGCACCUCCUCUCAGGAGAGCUGCUCUUGGAGAACCUUAGUCUUUCCUCUUCCGUCUUUCUCUAGAUCCCAGAUGCCCAUUCCUUUCCCGCCCUCCCCCCACCUCCAGCUUGGCUUCCUGGGGAAAGAAACAGAUGGGCUUUCCCAGAGAAGCCACCACGUGCCUUCUCCACCUCCCUUCUUCCCCCCACCCCUUGCCUUUAAGAGCCUCAGAAUGCCGUUGCCAUGGUAACUGUGCAGGGCCGACUUGCUGCUUCCUGCAGGCCACAGAUACAGCACUUGGGCAAUGAAUGCCAGGGUGGCUGGUCUGGCUUUGGCUCCUGUUCUCUGGAUGCCAAUGGGACACUCUUGGCAUAUGCUUCAUGGACCUCGAGAGAUGGAAAGAAAACCAGGGGGGAAACCCAUCUGCUGCUAAACAGAGCGACCAUUUCUGG